CAGUGGUGCACUGUUUCCGCUGCCCCAUUUGUCUAAUUGGCCCAGACGCUCCACCAGCGCGAAGCUUCCCGGGAGCUCCUCGCGGGCCACCCCCGCGGCCCGCAGCCCGGCAGAGGCGGGAAAGCAGCGCGCCUGCGCCCUGGGAACCGGGGCUGGAGGCGAAAAGCGGGGAGCGGAGGGGGGCCGCUGGAGCCGAGUAGCGUACAGAGCGGCGUGUGACGCGGGGACGCCGCGCGCUCCCAACGUCGCCCCGGUUUGACGCACACGGCACCAAACUGCUAAGAUGGCGGCGGCGGCCGAGGAGGCGGAGUUGGUGCUACACAAGGAGCCCGGGCCCCGGGUUCGGGGAGGCGGCGGCCGCGGCGGUCGCGGGGGGCCACGGAGCCUGAGGUCUGAUUCCCUGGCCUUCGUGGCCCUGGGAGCUUACUCUGCCAGAGGAAAGCAGGUGUGCUCCACUUCUCCCGUGAACCUGAAGAUGAGUUGUCCCAGACUCUUCUCAGUGAUUGGAAACUUAGGUGGUGGAGCUAAAGGUUUCUUGUUACAAGACUUCUACAGACGACUCUCUUGUUGGGAUCCAUCUAUGGUUUAGCAACAUUAGUGGAAAAGUUUUCCUGAACUUUAUAAGUGAUACUGACUUGAAUAUAGUUGUUAUAAAACUUCUAUUUAGACUUCAGAUUUUGUGUGAUCAUCAAACUCAAUGAGGGGAUAAACAUAAUUGGGGGCGAAUGAUGGUCCUGUCUUGUUAAUAAUUUCAACAGAACUGUCAAAACACCAUCAUCUAUCCUGUUCAGUCCUGACUAAUUUCCACGCUUGUUGCAUCCGGAUGGUAGAUUUGCUUUAAUUGUGUAUUCCCUCCCUCCAGUAGUUUGCUUUAGUUAUAAACAUUUUUUGGUCCCAUAAGAAGGAAAACAUUUCAAAAAAUAGACAGCUAAAGUUCCUCAAAUAAAGGAAACCUGGCUCUCUGCCUUCAGUGACAUGUGUAAGUAUCUAGGGAACUUGAUGACAGUAAUACUGCAUUUUGAUAGGUUUACUAAGAAAAAAUUAGUGGUUAUAACAAGGUUUUUAUAACAAGGUUAUAAUCUAGCGUAGAUAUUGUAAUUGAUUAAACAUAAAGCUUGAUUAGUAUUAAUGCAGUGGUAUGUAUUGCUUGUAAAAGCCUUAGAAUUUCAAACAAAUUAAAGUUAUACUGCAAUUAUAUCAUAUUUUGUGGUGGGUAUUAACUAAUGAAGUACAUACUUUUGAACCAUCUAAUGUUUUGUGCUGGCCAUUAACAGAAUGCCUUGAUUGAAGGGAUAUUUAAACACAUUAGAUGACUAUUUAGGUCUCUGUGUAAAAUUGGAAUUUGGGUUUUUCAACAUUACUUAAAACUUUCAUUUUCUUGUUUCUUUUCAGAUAUAUACGCUUUUUUAGCUUUUCUUCUAAUACAGGACAGUCUUGUAUUAAUGAAUAGGAGAUGCAUUAACAUUAGCAAAAUGUAUUCCUGGAUCAUACAGUUUUACAGUGGAAGGAGUAUCAAAGAACAACUGCUCUUACCCUCCUCUUUUACAAUACAUUGAGGACCAGAGGAUUUAGUGGCAUAAUGGAAAAUUGCCUUUCAGCUUCUAUCCAUUGCUGUUUUUGUCAUGUUGCUGGGAUGAGAUGAAUGUCUACAACUAAUAAUCGUUAAAAAAACAAGGGUUAAUUAAUAAGUAAUGAGAAUACUUAUUAAUUAAAUAUUAUUAGAUUCAUGAGAACUUCUGUGGCAGUAAGUUAAAAACUUUCAUAUUGGCUGUGUGCAUUGCCUCCAGCCUGUAAUCCCAGCACUUUGGGAGGCCAAGGCGGGCAGAUCAUGAGGUCAUGAGAUUGAGAUCAUUCUGGCCAUGAUGAAUCCCCCCCCACCUAACUAAAAAUACAAAAGUUAACUGGAUGUGAUGGUGUGCCCCUGUAGUCCCAGCUACUCGGGAGGCUGAGGCAGGAGAAUUGCUUGAACCCGGUAGGCGGAGGUUGCAGUGAGCUGCGAUUGUGCCACUGCCCUCCAGCCUGGCAACAGAGCAAGACUCUGUCUCAAAAAAAACCCAAAAAACAAUUUUCAUAUUACAUGGUAAUGUGGUUUCUAAAGUUACUUCCAGUGAAACAAAAUCAGGUACAAAGUACAGAAAUAUCAGAUCGUUUGAGAGCAAUGUUGCUUUUGAAUUUUAAGGUUUUCCAAAAGCAAUCUUGAACCAGAAAUUGAAAAGUUAAAAAACAACAACCAGGUAUUUGAUAAUUUUUUGGAAAGUUUGAAAUAACUGCUGUUAUUGCUAGUUAUUACAUAAAAAAGGAAAUGAGAUCAGUGCUGAAAAUAAUGGUGCCUUCAUUUUGUGUUAGUGUUUUGGUUGGAUAAAUGAAUGUGCCACUCAGAAUGUUCCUUUUGUUUAAAACAACUUUUUAAGACCACUACUUCUGCUGAGUGGUAUCUGCAAGGUCUGUUAGGAAAUUCAACAAGUAGUGACAGUCAUUUAUGGUGGGACCCUAUAGUGAUCUUUAACUUCUUUAAAUGUCAAACUUAGCAAAAACUUAAAUUGUUUUAAGGUUUUAAAAGUUUUUAUUGGUCAUUUAAGGUGCUUUUAAGUUGAUUUUUGUAAAUUGAUAAGCUAUUUUAUAAUUUUCAACAUGUGAGUAGACUUACAUUUUCAUUUGGUGAUAAUGACAGUCACUUUCAGGUUGUUUGUAGUUAUAAAGUGGUCUGUCACCUGCCAGCCUUAAACAUUUUCCAGUUUUAAUUUGUCAUUCAAGUUAUAAGAGGGAGUGUCUUGGUUGAAUUUAGACUGUUAAUGGGUAGCAGGAGGGGAAAAGGAAGUUUCAAGGAGAAUAGAAAUGGUGGUUUAUCUCCAAUCUAGAGAAAGGUCAGGUCCAUUUAUUCUCUCGUCCUAAAUACUGUUCUUUAGAAUUACUUAUUUAGGCCAUUUUCUUAGGAUGUGAUUCUGGAAGGAAAAGUGAAUCCUAUUCUUGUGGGAAGGUUUUUCAGUCAGGUCUUAAGACGAUUGUAGCUUGCAGCAAAUGUAGAAAUUGGCAUGUUGAGUUAUCUAGCCAUGAUUCUAUAGAGCACUGGUUUUAGCCGUUUUUAAAAGCAUGUUCUAAAUGUUUUACAUUAGCAGCCUUGUAAAAUAAAAACAAGAGAAUAAAGAGUGGAAACUAUAAUACUAUGGAUACAUCUUCAAAUGAACUUUAUAUUUACAUUUAUUUGUUAUUAAUCUUUCUGGUAGAGACAAUGUCUGUUUUGUAAAUGGAAAAUCUGUAAAUGUUAAAGUUGUAAGGUAUGACGUUGACUGGAGUAGUUUUAGAAGUGGUGUUUUUGAUUAAGGUUUAUUAGAAGGAAAUAAACAGCUGCUGUUAAUAGUGCAAGCCAUUUAUACCAUUGAGUUUUGGGAGAUUUGAGAAUCAUGGAAGUGAUGCUAGCACUAGCUCACCCUGCUGGUUGGCUAAAAGAUUUCUACUCUUCCCCUUAAAAAACAAACUUGAACAUCACAGGAGACCCAGAGGGUAGUAGAACACUAAAUUACAUUCUUUCAAAGGUGUUUUCUUAUCUCUAAGGCCUUAGUUUCUGCAUUCUAAUUUUUUUUUGCAGAUCUACCAAGUUGAAUCGUGGAGUUAAUAUCCUUUUUUUUCCUUUCGUUUUCUUUUUUUUUGGUGGGGGUCAGGGGAACGACAGUCUCACUCUGUCACCUAGACUGCGGUGCAGUGGCACAGUCUCAGCUCACUGUAGCCUCCGUCUCCCAGGAUCAAGCAAUUCUCCUGCUUCAGCCUCCCAGGUAGCUGGGAUUGCAGGUGCCCACCACCACACCUGGCUGAUUUUUGUAUUACGGGGAUUUGACCAUGUUGACCAGGCUGGUCCUGAACUCCUGACCUCAGGUGACCUGCUUGCCUCAGCUUCCCAAAGUGAUGGGAUUACAGGAGUGAGGCACCACGCCAGUCAGGAGUUGCUGUCCUUUUUGAACUUCCUGAGAACUCUCAUAUGAUUAUGGAGAGUUAGUAUAUCUUUAUUCUUUUAAUUUCAAGGUAAGAAAUUCUUUGACAGUUGAGAGAUGUUAGGGAGACAGACAGUCCUGUGAAAAUAACUUUCCAGGAGGGAGAAAACAGGAUUUCAAGAGGAAGAGGAGGAAGAGCCUGCCUGGGCAGAAGCAGCAACAGUACACACAUCUCUUGGUUGGGGGAAAGUGAGACUGGAUUAAGGUUAGCGUUUCUGAGAGAUUUUCUUUCCACUCUCCUACUAAUUUUGGCCCUACCCCUCCUAUCUGCUAGCUGUAGCCUUCCCAUUUUGUUUGGAAUCUUUGGAACUGGGAUCUUGUAAGUAAAAGUAAAGAUAAGUCAUUUGUUCCUUGGAACUUAAUUCUGGUAGCCUAGAUUUUGGUAGAAUUGAAGUGGGGUUAGAAUGAUAAAUGCAGAUUUUAUGUGUUAGCCUUUCAGUAUGUGUAUCUUAUUUUAAGUUAAAAAUACAGCUUUUAAAAGACUUUGUACAGGCAGGGCAUGUUGGCUCACAUCUCUAAUCCCAGCACUUUGGGAGGCCGAGGUGGGUGGAUCACUUGAGGUCAGGAGUUUGAGACCAGCCUGGCCAAUAUGGUGAAAUCCCAUCUCUACCAAAAAUACAAAAACUAGCCAGGUGUGGUGGUACACACCUGUAGUCCCAGCUACUUGGGAGGCUGAGGCAGGAAAAUUGCUUGAACCUGGGAGGCAGAGGCUUCAGUGAGCCGAGAUACUGUGCCACUACACUCUAGCCUGGGUGACAGAGUGAGACCCUGUCUCAAAAAAAAAAAAGACUUUGUACAAACUCUAGAAACAUAAAUAUGUUAUGAGCCAAAUAGACAAUUGAAAAUAAAAAAUAUCUAAAAAAGUGAUUAAAAUUCUUUACAGUUUACAAAGCAUGUUUACCUGUAGUCUAUCAAUUAAUUUUUUGAAAAGAUUAAUAUUUUACUUACAAGUAUCUUUUUCAUCAGUUUCUUGAGAAAGAUGUUAAGUACAGUCAUGCUCAGCAUAAUGAUGUUUUUUGGUCAACAGUGGACUGCAUUUAUGAUGGUGGUCCCAUAAGAUUAUAGUACUGUACUUUUCUGUAUUUUACGUUCUAAUUUAGAUACACAAAUGCUUAACAGUUAUGUUACAAUUGUGUAUGGUAUUCAGUAUAUAACAUGCUUUUCGGGAACAUGUUGUAGCCAAGGAACAAUAGGCUAUACCAUGUAGCCUAGGUGUGUAAGUAGGCUCUACCACCUCGGUUUGUUUGAGUACACUUUGUGAUGUUUGCACAAUGACCAAAUUGCUUAAGAAUGCAUCUCUCAGAACAUACAUCCAUCCUUAAAUGAUGUAUGACUGUAUAACUGGUAUUUCAGAGCACUAUUUAUUGGGGAAGAGGGGGCGAUUCCCAAUUUAUUGUUGGUUUGUGAAGGUGGGUAAAAGCCUUCACUGAGUUGGAAUUAAUUGCCUUUUGUUUGCUACCGACAGACACACAUAGAAUCACAAUUGCAAUUGUAAUUAUGCAUAUAUAAAGAGAUAGGAUGUAAUAAAGUUUAAAAGUCUUGAGUCUUGAAGUAAAAUUGGCAGGGUUCAAAUUUAGCUGUGAGCACUAGACAAGUGGAAUUAAUAAUUACCAUCUUCAUAGAGGUUUAGGGUUUAUAUUACAUAAUUCAUGUGAAGUCCUUAGCUUUCUGGGACACAAUGCUGAGUAAAGUGUUAGCUGUUAGAGUAAUCAUAGUUAUUAUUACCUUUGUUUAAUUAUUCUUUCCACAUUAACUUGAAAUUUUCACCUGUGAGUGAUUUGGAGUUACAUACUUUUGCUAAUGUCCAUUUUUAAGCCCUAUCUAUAAAGAAAGACAAGUGAGAGGUAGGCAUCAAAGUGUGCCUUCUCUGAUUUUAGCAGCAGAAUCUUAUAACCAGGUUAAAUAUUUCAGGAAUGCAUUUCCAGCACUGUCAGCAGAUGAGUAGAUACACUUGGGAAUGAGUACAUUUUAAUGAAGUUAUUUCCCAACCAGUGUGUUGGUUUGUCUUUGUUACAACAUCCUGAGUUUCUUGACUCUUCUUUCAGUUUUUGACCAUGAGGCCAUGUGGUGGUGACCAUUAGGGAGAAGAAGGUUUGAUUUAAUUUUGGAUGAGAUCAUUCUUGCAGCAAGAUGUUAAUAAGACAAAAUCUAGACUAAAUGUGUUAAAUGGGCUUGCCAACAAUAUGGAUGAUUCGAAGAUAAACACCGAUAUUACUGGUGCUAAAGAAGAACUCCUAGAUGACAACAAUUUUAUCUCAGACAAAGAGAGCGGAGUUCAUAAACCAAAAGAUUGUCAAACAUCAUUUCAGAAAAAUAAUAAAUUGACUCUGCCCGAAGAACUGUCAGAGGACAAAUCUGAAAACGCCUUAAGUGGAGGCCAGUCUAGUCUGUUUAUACGUGCUGGUUCUCCUAUUGUUUCUAGUGAAAACUUUAUCUUGCCUAAAGGAGCUGCUGUUAAUGGACCAGUUUCACACUCCUCCUUAACUAAGACUUCCAAUAUGAAUAAAGGCAGUGUUUCAUUAACCACUGGACAGCCUGUGGAUCAGCCAGCAACAGAAUCUUGUUCAGCAUUGAAGGUAGCAGCUGAUCUUCAGCUGUCUACGCAGAAAGCAAGUCAACACCAAGUUUUAUUUUUGUUAUCAGAUGUAGCACAUGCUAAGAAUCCCACCCAUUCCAAUAAAAAACUACCUACCUCUGCUUCGGUUGGUUGUGACAUUCAGAAUUCAGUAGGGAGUAAUAUAAAGUCAGAUGGCACUUUAAUAAAUCAAGUAGAGGUGGGUGAGGAUAGUGAAGAUGUAUUGGUAAAAGACGAUUGUGUCAAUACAUUAACAGGAAUUUCCUCAGGUACAGAUGGAUUUAGGUCAGAAAAUGAUACAAACUGGGAUCCCCAAAAAGAGUUCAUUCAAUUUCUUAUGACUAAUGAGGAAACAGUAGAUAAAGCUCCACCUCAUUCUAAAGUAGGUCUAGAAAAAAAAAGAAAGCGAAAAAUGGAUGUAAGUAAGAUAACUCGUUAUACCGAGGAUUGCUUUAGUGAUUCUAAUUGUGUACCUAAUAAAUCAAAAAUGCAAGAAGUAGACUUUCUAGAACAGAAUGAAGAGCUGCAAGCUGUAGACUCACAGAAAUAUGCAUUAUCAAAAGUGAAGCCUGAAUCAGCUGAUGAAGACUUAGAAUCUGUGGAUACUUUUCAACAUCUAAUUUAUAACUCAGAUAAGUGUGGAGAAGAGAGUUCACCUGUUCAUACUAGCACUUUUCUUUCAAAUACCUUAAAAAAGAAAUGUGAAGAGAGUGAUUCUGAGUCACCUGCUACUUUCAGUACCGAAGAGCCAUCAUUCUACCCCUGUACAAAGUGCAAUGUGAAUUUUAGGGAGAAGAAGCACCUCCACAGGCAUAUGAUGUAUCAUUUAGAUGGGAAUAGUCACUUUCGUCAUCUUAAUGUUCCAAGGCCAUAUGCUUGUAGAGAAUGUGGACGGACAUUUCGAGAUCGCAAUUCACUUCUAAAACAUAUGAUUAUUCACCAAGAGAGAAGACAGAAGUUGAUGGAGGAAAUUCGUGAAUUGAAAGAACUUCAGGAUGAAGGAAGAAGUGCACGAUUACAGUGUCCUCAGUGUGUGUUUGGUACCAAUUGCCCUAAAACAUUUGUGCAACAUGCUAAAACCCAUGAAAAAGAUAAAAGGUACUACUGCUGUGAAGAGUGUAACUUCAUGGCAGUGACAGAAAAUGAAUUAGAAUGCCAUCGAGGCGUUGCACAUGGGGCAGUGGUAAAAUGCCCUAUGGUCAAUUCUGAUAUAACCCAGAGAAAAACACAAAAAAAGACUUUCAUGAAAGACUCUGUAGUAGGAACGUCAAAAAAAUCGGCUACCUACGUAUGUAAGAUGUGUCCUUUUACUACUUCAGCCAGAAGUGUUUUAAAAAAGCACAUGGAGUACUUGCAUUCAUCAUCAUGCGUUGAUUCAUUUGGCAGUCCUCUUGGACUUGAUAAAAGAAAAAAUGACAUCCUUGAAGAAACUGUAGAUAGGGAUAGCACUAAACCAUUAAGUAAACAACAGUCAACCACAUUUCCAAAGAACUCUGCUUUAAAACAAGAUGUGAAGCGAACAUUUGGAUCAACCUCACAAUCAAGUAGUUUUUCAAAAAUCCAUAAGCGGCCACACAGAAUACAGAAAGCUCGGAAAAGCAUUGCCCAGUCAGGUGUAAACAUGUGCAAUCAAAACAACUCUCCCCAUAAGACUGUUACAGUUAAAAGCAGCAUUGACCAAAAACCCAAGUAUUUCCAUCAAGCAGCAAAAGAAAAAUCUAAUGCCAAGGCAAAUAGCAACUAUUUGUAUAGACACAAAUAUGAAAACUACAGGAUGAUCAAAAAAUCAGGUGAAUCAUAUCCUGUGCAUUUCAAAAAAGAAGAAGCUAGUUCAUUAAAUUCUUUACACCUGUUUUCAUCAUCAAGUAAUUCUCACAAUUUUAUUUCAGACCCUCAUAAACCUGACACCAAAAGGCCUGAAAGCUUCAAAGAUCACAGACGUGUAGCUGUAAAGAGAGUAGUUAAGGAAUCUAAGAAAGAAAGUUCUGUUGGAGGGGAAGACUUGGAUAGCUAUCCAGAUUUUUUGCAUAAAAUGACUGUUGUUGUUUUGCAAAAACUUAAUUCUGCUGAAAAGAAGGAUAGUUAUGAAACAGAAGAUGAAAGUUCCUGGGAUAAUGUUGAAUUAGGAGACUACACUACACAGGCCAUUGAAGAUGAAACCUAUAGUGAUAUUAAUCAAGAACAUGUAAAUUUAUUCCCUCUAUUUAAGAGCAAAGUGGAAGGUCAGGAGCCUGGAGAAAAUACUUCUCUUAGUUAUGACCAAAAUGAUGGCUUUUAUUUUGAAUAUUAUGAAGAUGCUGGAAGUAAUAACUUUUUGCAUGAGAUACAUGAUCCUCAGCAUUUAGAAAAUGCAGAAACUUCAUUGUCAAAGCAUAGUUCUGUUUUUCACUGGACUGAUUUGUCUCUUGAGAAGAAAUCAUGUCCUUACUGUCCAGCGACAUUUGAAACAGGUGUUGGGUUAUCAAAUCAUGUCCGGGGCCAUCUUCACAGAGCAGGAUUAAGCUAUGAAGCCCGUCAUGUUGUAUCACCAGAACAAAUAGCCACAAGUGAUAAAAUGCAGCAUUUCAAGAGAACUGGCACAGGAACACCUGUUAAGCGAGUUAGAAAAGCUAUAGAGAAGUCUGAAACCACUUCUGAACACACUUGUCAGCUCUGUGGUGGUUGGUUUGAUACUAAAAUUGGAUUAUCAAAUCAUGUUAGAGGCCACUUGAAAAGACUUGGAAAGACCAAAUGGGAUGCUCACAAAUCUCCAAUCUGUGUUCUGAAUGAGAUGAUGCAAAAUGAAGAAAAAUAUGAAAAAAUCUUAAAGGCAUUGAACAGUCGUCGUAUUAUUCCCAGACCAUUUGUAGCUCAAAAACUUGCGUCAAGUGAUGACUUUAUAUCUCAAAAUGUUAUACCUCUUGAAGCAUACCGAAAUGGCCUAAAGACUGAAGCUCUGUCAGUGUCUGCAUCAGAAGAAGAAGGGCUGAAUUUCUUAAAUGAAUAUGAUGAAACAAAACCAGAACUGCCCAGUGGAAAAAAGAAUCAGUCUCUUACACUCAUAGAACUUCUUAAAAAUAAAAGGAUGGGAGAAGAAAGGAAUUCUUCUAUUUCUCCUCAAAAGAUCCAUAAUCAGACAGCAAGAAAGAGAUUCGUUCAGAAAUGCGUUCUUCCAUUAAAUGAAGAUAGUCCGUUGAUGUAUCAGCCACAAAAAAUGGACUUGACUAUGCACUCAGGUAUGCCUGUGAAGCUUAGAACAUGUGUGCAUUGCAAUACGACGUUUACAAGUGCUGUUAGCCUGUCCAACCACUUACGCGCUUAUGCACGAAAGAAGAGUGCUGGACUUUUGACUGGUACAGCCUUAGAUUGUAAGCAAAAGAAAUCAAGGUCAAGAUCUGGAAGCAAGAAGAAAAUGCUAACAUUACCUCAUGGUGCUGACGAGGUUUACAUUCUCCGAUGCAGGUUUUGUGGCCUAGUCUUUCGAGGACCCUUGUCUGUUCAGGAAGACUGGAUUAAGCACUUACAACGACAUAUUGUAAACGCUAAUCUUCCAAGGACUGGAGCUGGCAUGGUGGAAGUCACAUCACUACUUAAAAAGCCUGCCUCCAUUACAGAAACUUCAUUUUCUCUACUAAUGGCUGAAGCAGCUUCAUAGAACCAGGAAACCUUUUAAAUAGCAAAUUUGAAUUGGAUGUAAAUUUGACUUUCUUUUUUUUUUUAAGCCACAUUAAAUUAUGUUUAUAAAUACUAAAGCAGAAAAAUGGGGAAAGUGAAUUACAGUGACAUCAGAGCAAAUCCAAUACUUAAAACAGUAAGUAGUCUAUAUUUUAUAUAGGGUGGAAGAUGUGUUUUUAAGGUUUACGAAGUUUUGUUGGUUAACUGUGUUCACUCAAGAAAAGAGCAGUACAUGUAAGGAGCCAUUAAUAAACUGUUGCACAUGGAUACUUAGAGACAGACUUACUGGAAAAUUAUGUUUUUUGCAGUGUUACCAGAUCAAGGCUCUGUUUAUUCCCCACAAGACUUGCAUAGAAAAAUAAGAUAUUAUAUUUUGUUUGUAUGUAUUUAGUGUUUUGUAUAAUACCAAGAACCGAUGACUAAAUUUACUCAAAUUAGGGCAUUAAACAUCAUGUACUUCAUAGUUUGAGACUGUUCACUCAAAUAGGGCAGAGUACUAUUCUAUCUAGAUGUGUAAGUGUUUUUUUUUAAAUCACAUGAAACGGUUUUUUUAUACUAAAAAGUGGAGGGAGAUUUGUUUAAACAAGUAUUUCUAAAAGAAAUAUGUAUAUAGUUCUGGAAAUUAUUUGUGGUAAGGAAAUAUUCUUUACUCCAGUUGCAUUUCUCAGACAAUAAAGUGGUGCAUCCAUGCUACCUCCUACUUUGUCAACAAAGAUGCUAUUUACCCUUUACAUUUUUGUAUCAUAAUAGAUUUAAAAAAUCUAAUGUUCUUUAUUGCAAGACAUUCUUUUGUUAACAGAUUUGUUUCUUUUUAAUGUUUUACCUAAAAUUUGACAUGCUUACAGGACAGGUUUGCCUCUUACUUUAUUUAACAUUGUAGAAAUGUAAUUAAUAAACAAUGCUCACUACACAGUUUAGAAUAGACGUUCUCAUUUAUAUUAUCUUCCAAAUUUGAUCAGUUAGCAAAACUUAAUACACCAAUUAAAAUAUUUCUACAUAUGAUGAGAAUGUUUACAAUUUAAAUUUUAGAACUUGUUUUGGAUGUGAUUAUAUGUACGAAAAUCGUGUAACACUAUGCUCAUGCUAAGAACCGACAUAACAGAAUUACUGAAAUAAAUGUGCUGUGAGGAAUGGAAAAUACGGUGCAGGUGUCUUGGUCAUGAUAAAUUGUGAUUCUUUUUAGAAUUUUUUUCCAAAAACAAAUUAGUUCUUUUAAUCUGAAAUUAGAUUCCUUUACAAACAACAAUUUUUGUAUGCAAGCACCAUUUUAUUUCAUGUAGUAUGGCUAAUGCUAUAGUUGAACCAAGGAUAUGCAUUGAUUCUUUGCUUCGUAUGUAAAUAAAGCUAAAAACAGUUAAAAUAAGGAGUAUUUUGGUAGAGUAUAUACAUACCUCACUGCCAGUGAAAUUGCUUUCCUAUGGUAUAUCUCCUUACCAGAAAAAUCUCUAAAUAAAAAAAGGUUUAAAGAAAA